CUGCCGGGUGUGUGGUGGGCCGGGCAGUUGGGUCGGCGGCUGAGGCGUGUGACCAUGGAGUGGGGCUCUGAGUCUGGGGCUGUGAGGCGGCACCGCGUCGGGACCGAGCGCCGGGAAGGACCGGCGGCCGUGCCACAGCCGGAGAAGGAGGCGCCGGCGCGGCAGCCCCCCGCGGACGCGUGCGGCGCUGGCGCGAGGACGCGGAGAAGGAGCCAGUUCGACGCGCGCCAGGCAAGAGAUUAUCUUGAACAUAUAACAGCCAUUGGCCCCAGGACUACGGGAAGUCCAGAAAAUGAAAUUCUGACGGUGCAGUACCUUUUGGAACAGAUUAAACUCAUUGAAGUUGAAAGCAACAGCCUUCACAGGAUGUCAGUAGAUGUGCAGCGGCCCACAGGCUCCUUUAGCCUUGAUUUCUUGGGAGGUUUCACAAGCUACUAUGACAAUAUCACCAAUGUUGUGGUGAAGCUGGAACCCAGAGCCGGAGCCCAGCAUGCUAUCCUGGCUAACUGCCAUUUUGACUCAGUUCCAGGCUCUCCAGGUGCCAGUGAUGACGCAGUUAGUUGUUCAGUGAUGCUGGAAGUCCUUCGAGUCUUGUCAACAUCUUCAGAAGCUUUGCAGCAUGCUAUUGUUUCUUUCUUUCUCUUUAAGGCCAGUCAUGGUUUCAUUACUCAGCAUCCAUGGGCCAGCUUGAUUCGUGCAUUUAUUAACCUGGAGGCAGCAGGUGUAGGAGGGAAAGAACUUGUGUUCCAAACAGGUCCUGAAAAUCCUUGGUUGAUUCAAGCUUAUGUUUCAGCAGCUAAACAUCCUUUUGCUUCUGUGGUGGGUCAGGAGGUUUUUCAGAGUGGAAUCAUUCCUUCAGAAACUGACUUCCGUAUCUACAGAGAUUUUGGUAACAUCCCAGGAAUAGACUUAGCUUUUAUUGAGAAUGGAUACAUUUAUCACACCAAGUAUGACACAGCAGACAGAAUUUCAACAGAUUCCAUUCAGAGAGCAGGUGACAACAUUUUAGCAGUUCUGAAAUACUUAGCUACAUCGGAUAUACUGACUUUUUCCUCUGAAUAUCGACAUGGAAAGAUGGUCUUCUUUGAUGUGCUUGGCUUGUUUGUCAUUGCUUACCCCUAUCGUGUUGGCUUAAUAAUAAACAGCAUGGUUGGGAUGGCUGCUGUUUUGUACCUGGGCAGAAAACUGUUGCAGCCCAAACCUAAGUCUGUUAACUACACGAAGGACUUCUUGUGUGGACUUGGUAUAACCUUCAUUAGCUGGUUCACCAGCCUUGUUACGGUUCUCAUCCUAGCUGUGUUCGUCUCUCUUAUCGGACAGUCUCUCUCGUGGUACAACCACUUCUAUGUCUCCAUUUGUCUGUAUGGAACAGCAGCUGCUGCCAAAAUCAUUUUCAUACAUACUCUUGCAAAAAGAUUUUAUUACCUGAAUGCCAGUGACCAGUAUCUGGGAGAAGUAUUUUUUGACAUCUCACUGUUUGUGCAUUGUAGUUUUCUUGUCAUGUUCACUUAUCAAGGACUUUGCUCAGCGUUCAUUAGCGCUAUCUGGGUGGCAUUUCCUUUGCUCACAAAGCUCUGCAUGCACAAGGAGCAUGGUGUCCAAGGAAAAUUUAUCAUCCUUUACCUUUUGGGGAUGUCUGUUCCUUAUCUUUAUGCAUUGUACCUCAUCUGGGCUGUAUUUGAGAUGUUCACUCCUAUCCUUGGGAGAAGCGGUUCAGAAAUCCCACCUGAUGCUGUGCUGGCGUCCAUUUUGGCCGGUUGUGCAAUGAUUCUCUCUUCCUAUUUUGUGAACUUCAUCUAUCUUGCCAGAAGCACAAAGAAAACCAUACUAACUCUAACUUUGGUAUGUACAGUUACAUUUCUUCUGGUUUGCAGUGGAACCUUUUUCCCAUACAGCUCCAGUCCUGCUAAUCCAAAACCAAAGAGAAUGAUUCUUCAGCAUAUGACUAGAACAUUUCAUGACUUAGAAGGCAACAUAGUUAAAAGGGACUCUGGAGUAUGGAUUAAUGGGUUUGAUUAUACUGGAAUGUCUCAUAUAACACCUCACAUUCCUGAGAUCAAUGACACCAUUCGAGCUCACUGUGAGGAGAAUGCACCCCUUUGUGGGUUCCCAUGGUAUCUUCCAGUGCACUUUCUGAUCAGGAAAAACUGGUAUCUUCCUGCUCCAGAUGUUUCUCCAAGAAAUCCUGCUCAUUUCAGACUUAUAUCCAAAGAACAGACACCUUGGGAUUCAAUAAAGUUGACCUUUGAAGCAACGGGACCGAGCCAUAUGUCAUUCUAUGUUCGCGCUCACAAAGGAUCCACACUUUCUCAGUGGUCUCUUGGCAAUGGGACCCCAGUCUCAUGCAAAGGGGAAGACUAUUUUGUAUUUUAUUCUCAUGGCCUCCAGGCCUCUGUCUGGCGGUUCUGGAUAGAAGUGCAGGUUUCAGGAGAACAGCCUGAAGGAGGAAUGGUCACUGUGGCUGUUGCUGCCCACUAUCAUUCUGGAGAAGACAGCAGAUCCUCCCACCUGGAUGCUCUGAAGGAGAAGUUCCCAGAUUGGGUAUUUCCCUUUGCCUGGGUGUGCACCUACAGUCUCUUUGUGUUUUAAUCUUGUGGAUGAGCUCUUAAAGUACAUGUCCAGAGGAUACUCCAUGUGACAGUUUUAUCCCAUGUUAUAUAGAUAUUUGUUAUUUAAGUCAUAUGUUCAGAGCUUUUUAGGUUAAUGCCCUUUAGGGUCAAGCACUCUUUGGGUUGAAAUGUCAAAUAGUGAGGCACGGCCUUUCUGACGCUUGAAAAUGUGAAUUUUUUGGCACUGAAGCACAUGUGGGUACUGCCACUACACACCAUGGUAUAUGUCAUUUUGUGUUACCUUAAGGAUAAAAGCCAAUAAACCACUUUAAUAGCUGUCUCUCUCAGAUGAACAAAGAUAUAGGUCAGUGAUAGCAAACCUUUUAGAGCUUUCAAUAACAAUUGCCAGUCAGCUGUGGCACACAUGACAUAGGUUCACCAUGACUGAUGUACUGUCAGACCACUACUGAGGAAAUUAUUUCCAAUUAAAGCCCAAGAUCAUUUGUUGUGUCAGUAGAUGGUGGGUAAAAAAAA